AGGUGGUUUUAAAUUCAAUUAUCAAGGCCAUGGUCCCUUUGUUGCAUAUUGCCCUGCUGGUGCUGUUUGUCAUCAUUAUCUAUGCCAUCAUUGGACUGGAAUUAUUCAUGGGAAAGAUGCAUAAGACCUGCUACCACGUGCAAGGGGGGCUGAUAGAUACACCUGCAGAAGAUGACCCAUCUCCCUGUGCCCCCCAGUCUGCACAUGGGCGGCAGUGCCAGAAUGGAACCGAGUGCAAGGCAGGCUGGGAGGGACCCAAGCACGGCAUUACAAACUUUGACAAUUUUGCUUUUGCCAUGCUGACAGUGUUUCAGUGCAUCACAAUGGAGGGGUGGACAGAUGUACUCUACUGGGUCAAUGAUGCCAUAGGAAGGGACUGGCCCUGGAUCUAUUUUGUUACACUAAUCAUCAUAGGGUCAUUUUUUGUACUUAACUUGGUUCUCGGUGUACUUAGCGGGGAAUUUUCCAAGGAAAGAGAGAAGGCUAAGGCUCGGGGAGAUUUCCAAAAGUUACGGGAAAAGCAACAGCUAGAGGAGGAUUUGAAGGGCUAUUUAGACUGGAUAACUCAAGCAGAAGAUAUUGACCCAGAAAAUGAAGAUGAAGGCAUGGAUGAGGAGAAGCCUCGAAACAGAAGCACUCCAGCUGGCUUGCCUGAUAAGAAGAAAGAAAAGUUUUCUUGGUUUAGUCACUCCACAGAAACCCAUGUGAGCAUGCCCACCAGUGAGACCGAGUCCGUGAACACAGACAACGUCCCUGGAACAGAUAUUGAAGGCGAAAACUGCGGUGCUAGGCUAGCGCAUCGGAUCUCCAAAUCUAAAUUUAGUCGCUAUUGGCGCCGAUGGAAUCGAUUCUGCAGACGAAAGUGCCGUGCUGCUGUCAAGUCCAAUGUUUUCUACUGGUUGGUGAUCUUCCUUGUGUUUCUCAACACCCUUACCAUUGCUUCUGAACACUAUAACCAGCCAGACUGGCUCACUGAGGUUCAAGACACUGCCAAUAAGGUGCUGCUAGCUCUUUUCACUGCUGAGAUGCUGCUGAAGAUGUACAGCCUUGGUCUCCAGGCCUAUUUUGUGUCCCUCUUCAACCGCUUUGACUGUUUCAUUGUGUGUGGAGGAAUCCUGGAAACAAUUCUGGUUGAGACGAAGAUUAUGUCACCACUGGGCAUUUCUGUGUUGAGAUGUGUUCGGCUAUUAAGAAUAUUUAAAAUCACAAGAUAUUGGAACUCCUUGAGUAACCUAGUGGCUUCACUCCUGAAUUCAGUCCGUUCCAUUGCCUCCCUCCUGCUGCUCCUCUUCCUCUUCAUCAUCAUCUUCUCCCUGCUGGGGAUGCAGCUUUUUGGGGGCAAGUUUAACUUUGAUGAAAUGCAGACCAGGAGGAGUACAUUUGACAACUUCCCCCAGUCUCUCCUCACUGUGUUUCAGAUCCUGACUGGGGAGGACUGGAAUUCGGUGAUGUAUGAUGGGAUCAUGGCUUAUGGCGGCCCCUCUUUUCCAGGAAUGUUGGUCUGUAUUUACUUCAUCAUCCUCUUCAUCUGUGGGAACUACAUCCUGCUGAAUGUCUUUUUGGCCAUUGCUGUGGACAACCUUGCUGAUGCGGAGAGUUUAACAUCUGCACAGAAAGAGGAGGAAGAGGAAAAAGAAAGGAAAAAAUUAGCUAGGACUGCUAGUCCUGAAAAGAAACAGGAGAUAGAGAAAACAGCUGUGGAGGAGGAGACAAAGGAGGAGAAAAUUGAGCUGAAAUCAAUCACUGCUGAUGGAGAAUCUCCACCUGCUACCAAGAUCAACAUGGAUGACUAUCAGCCAAAUGAAAAUGAAGAAAAGAGCCCAUAUCCCACAACAGAAGCACCAGCAGAAGAAGAUGAGGAAGAACCUGAGAUGCCUGUCGGCCCUCGGCCUCGCCCAAUGUCUGAGCUGCACCUCAAGGAAAAGGCUGUGCCCAUGCCUGAUGCCAGCGCUUUUUUCAUCUUCAGUCCUAACAACAGGUUUCGUGUCCACUGCCAUCGAAUCGUUAACGAUAACAUUUUCACCAACCUGAUCCUAUUUUUCAUCUUGCUCAGCAGCAUCUCCUUGGCAGCUGAGGACCCCGUCCGGCACCUCUCCUUUAGGAACCAAGUUCUCUUUUAUUUUGAUAUAGUUUUUACUGUCAUUUUCACCAUUGAAAUUGCUCUGAAGAUGACCGCAUACGGGGCUUUCCUCCAUAAGGGCUCCUUCUGCAGAAACUAUUUCAACAUCUUAGACCUGCUGGUGGUCAGCGUUUCUCUCAUCUCUUUUGGAAUCCAAUCCAGUGCCAUCAAUGUGGUGAAGAUUUUGCGUGUUCUGCGAGUGCUUAGACCACUGAGGGCCAUCAACAGAGCCAAAGGACUAAAGCAUGUGGUCCAAUGUGUAUUUGUUGCCAUCCGAACCAUCGGAAACAUUGUGAUUGUCACCACCUUGCUGCAGUUCAUGUUUGCCUGCAUUGGAGUUCAGUUGUUUAAGGGCAAACUCUACAGCUGCACUGACAGCUCCAAGCAAACUGAAGCAGAAUGCAGAGGAUACUACAUCACAUACAAGGAUGGUGAGGUCAGUCAGCCAAUGAUCCAGCCCCGGAGCUGGGAGAACAGCAAGUUUGACUUCGACAAUGUCUUGACUGCCAUGAUGGCCCUCUUCACUGUCUCAACUUUUGAGGGCUGGCCAGAGUUGCUGUAUAGGUCCAUUGAUUCCCACAUGGAGGAUGUGGGACCCAUCUAUAAUCACAGGGUUGAGAUCUCCAUCUUCUUUAUUAUCUACAUCAUCAUCAUUGCUUUCUUCAUGAUGAACAUCUUCGUUGGUUUCGUCAUCGUCACAUUUCAGGAACAAGGAGAACAAGAAUACAAGAACUGUGAGCUGGACAAGAACCAGCGCCAGUGCGUAGAGUAUGCCCUGAAGGCCCGGCCCCUGCGGAGAUACAUCCCAAAAAACCAGUACCAGUACAAAGUUUGGUAUGUGGUCAACUCCACCUAUUUUGAGUACCUGAUGUUCGUUUUGAUCCUGCUGAACACCAUCUGUCUGGCCAUGCAAGUAAGUAAGCAAGUAGAAAACCUCACAGGUGAUGAAUUGUUAGACUUUGUUGGGGAAAAUUUAGAAAUUACAGAGACUGAGACCUACUUUUGCUUUCACAUCAUGAGUUGAGGGAGAGUGAGAGAGGAA